AGAAACGCGAAUCGGACGUUGGGUGAUAUGAGAAGAGCUGAAGAGAUCAAGGAUAUGGACCCAGUAUCGGUAAAGGUCCGUGAUUGGGCAGAAGGUAAGCAAAAGAACAUAAGGGCACUUCUUGGCUCGUUGAAUGAUGUCUUGUGGGAGGGUGCGGAGAAAUGGCAGCAGCCGUCAAUGGGAGAUUUGCUGAGUGCAGCACAAGUAAAACGAAGUUACUUCAAAGCGUGUCUGGUUGUGCACCCGGACAAGCAAGUUGGUGAGCCACAUGAGCAGCUUGCACAGGCGAUCUUCACAAUGCUGAAUGAGGCAUGGAAUGCUUUUGAGCAGAAUAGUAGCGAAUUAGUAUAG